AUGGAGAUUGUAGACAGACUAGCAGUUUUUCCAACAUCCAGCUCGCAUACAAGUGUGAAAUGCCGUUUGACCUGCGCCCGUAGAGGUCGCGAUUUACUUUUGAAACGAGUCGAUGGUCUUUUGAUCCGAUUUCGCGUGAUUAUGUUACAAUUACUCAAGAACAAAUCGCAGUUUGGUCAAGUUAUGAGAGACGCGGCCUUCUCGUUGGUCGAAGUUAAUUACGCGACAGGUGGAGUAAACGAGCUGGUCCUACAAGCGGUCGACAAGGCCAAAACCAAGAUUCAAACCAGACAGGAGAUGAUCGGUGGGAUUCGACUAUGGAUUUACGAGGCCUUCCGCAGUGGCGCCGAUCCCUUCGAAUUUGCUGGAUUAGCCAGAGGCGGUCAACAAGUGGCUAGAUUGAAGAUCAAUUACGGAAAGGCGAUAGAUCUGCUGGUCGAAUUGGCGUCGUUGCAGCGCAACUACCAGAUUCUCGAUCGGGUAAUCAAGAGGACGAGACGUCGCGUAAACGCUCUUCGCUAUAUCAUUAUACCUCGAUUAGAACGGACUCUCGCGUAUAUCGUCACCGAACUCGACGAAUACGAGCGAGAAGAAUUCUAUCGUCUUAAGAAAAUACGAGAGUGGAAAACGAAGCGACGUGACAAACAGUCAUCUUAUGAUUUCAUUCGGAGCACCAAUAAUAUCCUGGACGACUCGGACGAGGAUCUUCUCUUUUAAUAUCUAAUAGCAGCGAAUUGGAGUUUUCGAUUGAAACACUUCCACACGAUGCUCGAUCGUGACAUCCCAGCAUGCACGAGUUCCAUAACACGGCGAGUGGCAUAUACGAUAGAAAACGUGAGAUAACGUUUACGACAUAACAUAAUU